AUGGCACAUCUGGGUGAACUCGAAAACGUGGUCGAGGAUGAAGUUCAGAAGGCAGUGGUUUCGGGGAAUGUCUAUGUGGCGGGGGUUUUCUGGAAUCGCCGAAACCAAUGGAAUAGCUACGUCAAGGUUGUUAAUCGCUCUCUUGGAAAGAAUGUUAAAAUUCAACUUUUGGCUGGCAACCCGACCACAUUGAGAGGAAUUCAACAAUUGAAGCGAGGCGAUUGGAUCCAGGUUCAAGGGUAUAGUGCGCAGGGGCUGCCCCAAGAAGAUGGAGUACUCAAGGUGAAGCCUUGGGGCGGUCUGAACCAACCCCAUAUGGUCUCAGGAACAAUCCCCCAAAGAGAUUCAACCUGA